CACGGGUACACACGGUGCUCGGCUAGUGAGGUUACCGCAUUAUAUGAGACACUCGGUCAGUGAGUCUCUAACCGACAAUCACUCGGCGCCGAGGGAUCCAGUCGGUGGUCACUGACUACACGCCGGACAAGCUGCUCCAAGUAGAAGUGUCUUACUGUCGCACGACCGAUAAAUGGUGACCACCCGAUUUAAUUCGACACGCGACUCGCCGCAUCGUUUCCAUUCUCGUCUCUGUCACCCACUCGUAUCCACACGAGGACUUGACCGUGGUUUAAAAGUGCGUCGAAAGUGCGGUAGACUCUAAUUACUGGUUCCUCAUAAAUCUUGGUUCACCAAACCAGUUUCCGGAAGAUUGAUAGCAACGUGGAGCACGUGCAGGCAAAAUGUACAGAUCCGUGAUAGGGCGGACACGAUCCGCGAUAAUCGGGCUCAUGCUGCUACUGGCUAGCUGGCGAAACAGCGAUAGCUGCAACGGGCUGCAAUAUCAACCGGCCGAGGUUUACGCAAACCGCGAUGACUGCGCGCUGAUCCUCAACGGACCAGGAAGGACCAGUGUCUUCGAUUACACCUACAAUUUGCUGCGCGGCUCCUUCCCACCGUCGGCCGGAUCGCAGACGUGCAUCACUUACGACGCCGUGAAUCGCGCCUACGUCGAGGCGAGGAAACGCAUCAAUGUGGCGCAACCCAAGAACAAAAUGUGGCGGCCGGAGGACCUGGCCACGGUCGGCGAACUCCUGUUGGAUAUCUCUGCCAACCUCGCUCACACGUACGGAUUGACACCGGAGGAGAUCGAGAAGAGUCUACCCUUGAUCGACACAUCAAAAACGUUAAUCAGUGACGUGUGUCCAGCAUUUUUAAGCAACGUCGAGUGUCGGGCCGGCAAGUACAGAAGAAACGACGGGCUGUGCACGAACUUGGAGAACCCAACGUGGGGCUCCGCCCUUGCGCCGUUCCAAAGAUUGAUGAAUCCACGAUUCGCGGACGGUUUAACAGCGCCCAGGAUAUCGGUGACUGGCCGUGAUUUACCAUUAUCACGCGUGGUGUCACGCACCAUGCAUCCUGACGAGGGUUAUCAUGAUCACGCCGGCACAGUCAUGGUCAUCGCCUGGGGACAGUUUAUGGAUCACGACUAUACGCUGACUGCAACGCCUCUAGACCCCCUGAACCGGAACGACCCGGAGGAAUGCUGCCAUCGGCCACCGCACCUGAAGAAUCCCUACUGCAACGAGAUCCCGAUACCGGAAGACGAUUACUUCUACAGACUGUUCAACGUGAAAUGCUUAGACUUCGUUCGCGCGUUUCCCGCGGUCCGACCUGGAUGCAGGCUCGGUUCCCGUGUCCCCUUCAACCUUUUGACCGGCGUUCUCGAUGGGAAUACGGUUUACGGAAUCACGGAAUCCUUUGCUAAAAAGCUGCGUUCUGGUUACGGUGGCUUGUUACGCAUGAAUCCGGUGUUCUCCGAGUAUGGCUUGAAGGAUUUAUUGCCGCUCAAACUGGAUAUUCCGGACGAGGGUUGCACGCGACCAAAUCGAUCAAUGUACUGUUUCGAGGCUGGUGAAAUAAGAGUGAACGAGCAAUUAGUAUUGACCUGCAUGCACACUUUGAUGGCACGUGAACAUAAUCGAAUCGCGAAACAACUGAUACAAAUCAAUCCUCAUUGGGACGACGAGACGCUUUAUCAAGAAGCGAGGAGAAUAGUGAUCGCUUUGAUUCAACACAUUACCUACAACGAAUUCCUACCCAUUCUGCUUGGUAAAGAUGUCAUGCAGAAGUUUGGACUCCUACUCGAAAAGAAUGUAUACUGGGACGGGUACGAUAGCAGCGUGAGCCCAUCAGUGAUCGACGCGUUCGCUGCUGCAGCCUUCAGGUUCGGACAUUCGCUGCUACCGACGGCAGUUGAGAGAUGGAGCAAAGCUCACAAAUUCAUUGCUUCGAAGAGGUUAUCAGAUUUGAUUAGAAGACCGUUUGACUUGUAUCGUGCCGGCGUUUUUGACGAGUACAUCAUGGGACUGAUGAACCAGGUGGCCCAAGCUAUGGACGAUUCCAUCACGCAAGAGGUGACGAAUCAUUUAUUCAAGAAGGCUGGAGCCAAAUUUGGUUUGGAUCUGGUCUCGUUUAACAUGCAACGAGGUCGCGAAUUUGGUAUUCCAAGUUACAUGGAAUUCAGAAAAUUCUGCGGACUACCCUGGGCGGACACAUUCGACGAACUGUUUGGAUCCAUGCCAAACGAGACUAUCAGACGCUACAGUUCAAUCUUCGAACACCCAGCGGACGUGGAUCUGUGGUCCGGCGGCGUGUCCGAGAGACCGCUUCCGGGUAGCAUGCUCGGGCCAACGUUCGCCUGUGUGAUCGCAACGCAGUUCAGUUAUUCGCGUCGUGGUGACCGAUUUUGGUACGAACUGCCGAACCAACCGUCGUCCUUCACUCUCGAUCAAUUGAAUGAGAUACGAAAAGUGAAGCUCGCCAGAGUAAUUUGUGACAACACAGACCUGAUCGACACGAUACAGAUAUACCCGAUGGUAUUGCCGGAUCACGAGAUAAACCCACGAGUGCCCUGCAGAAGCGGCAUAUUGCCAAGCAUGGAUCUGACCAAAUGGGCGGAAUUCCCACCCGUGAAUCACGCGCAAUACCGAUUGGUGGAGGAGCACUUGCUUGAUGUACCGAGGCGGCCGCCGAGACCGGGAAAGGCGCGGAACCAGUACAACAGGCAGCAGGUUCUGCGGCUCUUCUUUGAGAGCAUUAACGGCAUCGCUUCGUUUCUGGAGUUCAGAAAGUAAUACGGACGGAGAUGCACGAGGGAUUCCUAACACUUAUCAAUUGUACUCAAAUCAACCUAACGAAUCGUCAGAAACAAAAUACAUCUUCACUCUUUUUCCCCAAGUAUCACAGAAACACACAGAUGAUCAGCAAUUCUGUACAUGGACGUUACAAUAAUUUUGUCUCUGAGGUGAAACAUUAUUUUUAAUAAAGCAUCGACCCUUUUAAGGAACUCGGUUACAUACAUCACACGUAGUAAUUUAUAUCCGCGUGACUUCCCUCACGUGAUUAUUGCAAUUUUUUCUAUCGUCGUUGUAGGCGUACCGCACACCCCUUACCCAUUUAUUAUAUUAUCUCUUAAUUUUAUUCUCUACACAAGACGCACACGAUGUGAAACAACAUUUAAUAUAUUAGUUCGCUUCGAGUAUUAUUGUAUCAUUUCAUUAUCAUGUACAUACACGCGUGCACGAUGGCUCAGGGAGCGUGCUCGACGAUCGGAGACUGCACGUGACAGGACAGAAAAGGACAGCAUCGUCUGAGCCACUGUACGCCCACGCAGUAUCUCAGUUUGUAAUUUGUAUUUUGUAUAUAUAAGUAUUCGUAAACGAAUAAAGUCACAUUAACGAGA